ACAAACGUUACCUAGCUCAUGGACGAUGAUGCAGAAAUACCAGAAUCGACAUUACGUAGAAGACGUUUAUUAGAAACAGCACAAAAAGAAUCUUUACAGGCUGAAAAACAUGCCAAUAAUGAAAAUGUAUGGAAUGCAGACGAAUCAUUGAGCAGUAACAGUGAUAACUUAUCAUCAGAUUCGACUGAUACAUCGAAAAAUAAAGUAACAGAUCGUAGCAGUAUUGAAGAGUUAACAUCAGUUUCAAGCACUAGUGAUACGUCUGAAAAUAAAGAAUCAGAUCGCAGCAGUACUGAUGACAGAUGUACCGAUCAAACUCCUGAUAUUUUCUUUGAUGAAAGUUUUGGUCAUGCUGAUGUAACAGACCCAAAAAGAAAUGAAGAAAGUUUAAUAAUCAAUUAAUUAUUUUCAAGAAUAAUUUAA